AUGAUACCACGCUACAGAAACCCCCAUUUCCUGCUUCAGCAAUUUGAGCCUGCUACUCGGGCUGAACUCUACGCCGACGGUGCCUCCGAACAAUUUCAAGAUGAUGAGGCCGCUUUGGAACGUCUCCAACAUCUCGUUCGCGGUACCAUUCAGCAGGACUUCGUUGAAUUGUCGCCAUCUCGGAGACAGGUAGCUGUUGAGGAGUCUAAUGCAGAUCCAGUGCCUUUCCGACUAGUGUCCUCAACUCUACCGCCUUAUUUAAUCUCCCUUGAACCACCACCACCGCCACCUCCCAAGACACGGGAACCAGAGAUUGAAGACAAUGACGAACAAGCUCUUGUUCGUAGACAACGGGCGGAGGCCGCUUCUAUCAACGCCGAAGACAUCCUUCUGGCAGCACUCGUGUCUGAGAGUAAUGCACGCACAAAAAAGUCGCCACUAAAGAUGAACGCGUCAUUUGAAAUCCCUGCACCUCCAAUAAUGAUCUUGCGAUCUGAACACGAGCUCCGCAAGACGCGGCCGCCUGUAUCUCCGGAAAAGCUUGCGCGCUUUCCAUACGUCCGUGAUAAACCCAGUGCUCUUUCAAACGCGACGGCGCAAAAGCACGCAUACAUACCGGUCAUUGACGCCGAGGUUGGAGAUGCCAAUGGUCCGAAAAAGCGACGCAGGCAGAGGAAGACCGAUUCGAAGAAAGUCCGGCCUCCACCUCAAUUCUGGAGACCAGACCCUUCGUGGACGGGGCCAUGCAUGGGAUACGCGUACGGAUACCCAAGCAGCUUUUCUGUGAUGAGUGGAUACAAGAGAGAGGAUAGAUGGCAGUACAAGCGAGAUAAUAGCAUGACCGGAAGGCCCCUACCAAGUCGAAGUCUUGGACUGAUCAACCAACUCGCGUCCCUCGACUGCAUAUUCACUCUCCAGCACGCCUUCUUCGUCUUUGUGAUCACCAACGAAAGGAACCCCCAGGCCGUUUAUCUACAAAUUCUCAGUCGCACCGCAAUGACCUCUACUCCUCCGCCCCCCAAUCCCUUUGCUGUACCUCCGAUGCCGCGGCUGCCCUCUCCGUCAGGCUCAAGGCCCAGGGGUUCAAUUGGCUCUAGUUUCUCUUUUGGUCCACAGAGUCUCGUGGAUUCGUACAUGGAUGCAAAUUCCAGCACGAUGUCCAAUCCCAACGCCGCUCUCGACCCCAACCGUUCCGUUCUAUUAACCUCGCCACUGAGAUCUCCGCGCAAACACAAGAGAGGCAAAUCGAGUACCAGCCGGCACCCUCAUCCCUUGGCAAAUGAUACCACGGACGUGUUUCAAGACUCAGAAGACGACGCAGAUAAUGAGAGCGAGUACGAGUGGGGAAUGGUCGAUCGUAUGAGAUUGUGGCGGCACGACGCGUUAAUGCAACACCUCUAUGACACUGCUACGUUCUGGGGAGAUAAGAUUCUUAGCUGGACAAAUGACGCAAAUGAUGCAUUCUGGCUUGCACAGACCUAUUUCAUGACACAUCAAUACGCCCGUGCUGAGCGUUUACUUACCCGCCCAUUUCCUACCACACCACCGAAACGACCAGUCUCGGUCUCGCCAACACCUCCAGCAAAUGGACACCUUCCUAGUCAACCUUCGAAAGGAAAAGGUCGUGAAUACGACGCUUCACAGCUCAUGCUGUCGAUGCCUCGACUACCUAUGGGUCCCGGUGGCAUGAUUGAACUACCGGAAGAGAUGCAGGACCGCGUGUCUCGUUUGGUUGAUAUGAGUGUGGCAUGCAGAUACCUUGCAGCCCUAUGUCAGUUUCGACAAGGAAAUUGGGAUGCUUCGAUGGAAAUGCUGGGAGAAUCGAAUCCAUUCCACAAAGCCGCUCAAGAUGGAGUCGUUAUUCCUAACGCGGACGCCGGCAUUAAAGUAGAAGCCUCCAUGUGCCAUCUUCGAGGGUGCCUCUAUCAGAAACUCAAUCGUAUAGCCCAAGCCAAGCAAGCCUUCACAGAGGCUCUUGCUCUCGAUGUCAAAUGCUACGAAUCUUUUGAACAGCUGAUAUCCACGGAAAUGAUGACCCCGGACGAAGAGUGGGAGUUCGUGCAAGGAUUAGCAUAUGCCACCCAAACACCUCAGGAUGCACAAUUCGUGCAGCUCAUAUACACCUCACGCUUACGAAAGUUCCAACACGCCGCUGAGCAUGCACUUACUCGACAACGAUUGGUCGACGAGUACGGUUUAGGCGACAAUCCAGAUGUGCUAUUUAGUUUCGCAGAUGCCCUCUAUGCAAACUUCCGCUGGGCAGACUGCUUUGUGAUGACAACAAGAAUCCUCGGUCUUGUGGCCAUCCACAGUCAAACCAUGCCGCUGCACAUCGCAUGCAUGUACCAUCUAUCACAUCUCCAUUCAAAGCUUUUCGUCCUCGCCCACGAGAUGGUGGAACGCGAACCUGAAAACGCCGUCAGCUGGUAUGCUGUGGCGGUAUGGUACUUGAGUGGACAGAAAUGGCCACAGGCACGCCAAUACUUCAGCAAGACAACUUUAAUGGAUCCUCGUUUUGCUCCAGCAUGGGUAGCCUUUGCCCACACGUUCGCACUCGAAGGAGAGCAUGACCAUGCCGUGACUGCGUAUUCAACGUGUUCCAGGAUGUUUACGGGGUCACAUAUGCCAUUGCUAUUUGUUGGCAUGGAGCAGAUAAUGCUAUCAAACUUCGGUCUCGCGGACGAGGCCCUCGACGCUGCGGCCUCGAUGUGUGACGGAGAUCCGCUCUUGAUUAAUGAGAGAGCAGUCAUGGCCUAUAAUCAUGGAGACUUUGAAAAAGCCGCGAAGAUGUUCCAAACGGCAUUAGAUCUAGCGCAAGUGACCCAGACGUCUCAAAAAGCCUGGGCAACGACUUAUCUCAACCUCGGAACGGCAUACCGAAAGCUUAAGCGGUAUGAGGAAGCUCGGGUGGCCUAUGUUAAGGUGUUAGAGCUGGACCCACGUCACUCGGUCGCCCUAGGUUUCCUCGGGAUCGUUCACCACUUGAUGGGCAAUUUGGACAAGGCCAUUGUCAAGUACCAUGAGGCACUGAGCAUUGAUCCUAUCAAUCCCCACAUUCUGGAGCUUCUGAACAUCGCCCUGGAGUCCUCACUGCUCCCGACUAAGGCCGCUGAGGUUGACUUCAAGAACGCUGUGAAGUUGCUGAAGAACAAAUUCAGUCGUCAUCAUAGUGGGAAGGGCAAAGAGAAGGCCCCAGAUGACAUGAGCAUUGAUUGA